UAACAUCGGUGUUGAGUUCAGCAGCUCCGGUGAUCGCCGCCCCGUGAACACGCUCCGCCGGAACGGAACCGGACGUCAGCCGGAGCCCCUCGUGAUGGAGGACUGGAGCCACUGUCUGGAUGUGGCCGUGCAGAUCGCGCUCAGGGCCGGACAGGCGGUUCAGUCGGCGGUGAAGCAGGAGAAGCAAGUGAGCAGCAAGAGUACUCCGACAGACCUGGUGACGGAGGCAGACCAUCAGGUGGAGGAGCUCAUCAUCUCCACGCUCAGGGAGAAAUACCCCUCACACAGGUUUAUCGGUGAGGAAUCGUCUGCUGCUGGUGUGAAGUGUGAACUGAGAGACGACCCUACGUGGAUAAUCGAUCCCAUCGACGGGACGUGUAACUUUGUGCACAGUUUCCCUAUGGUGGCAGUGAGCAUCGGAUUUGCCGUAAAGAAAGAGCUGGAGCUCGGCGUCAUCUACCACUGUUUUGACGGGACGCUGUAUACGGCGAGGAAAGGACACGGAGCCUUUUGCAACGGUGUGCGACUACAGGUUUCGAAAGAAAAAGAUGUGUCGAAGGCCCUCAUUCUCACAGAGAUCGGCGCGAAGAGAGACCCUGCAACACUGGAUAUCUUUUUAGGAAAUAUGAAGAAAAUGUUGAGCGCACCUACUCAUGGUGUGAGGAUCAUCGGCAGCUCGACGCUAGCGCUCUGUCACAUCGCCAGCGGCGCAGCGGAGGCCUAUUAUCAGUACGGUCUGCACUGCUGGGACAUCGCAGCGGCCGCCGUCAUCAUCAGAGAGGCCGGCGGAUACGUCAUCGACACCACAGGAGGCCCGCUCGACCUCAUGUCCAGACGGGUUGUGGCCGCUGGGACGCGUCAGAUCGCAGACUAUGUGGUCAAGCAGCUGCAGCCGAUCAACUACGGCCGAGACGACCUGACCUGAGUGACCUCUGACCCCAUCCUAAGCCUUUUACCUCAGAACACACAAUCCUGCCACGUAACAUCUGCAGUGUCCUUUAAACGCUACUUUCACAUUUGUAUCAGUUUAACAUCAUCUGAUUUGUAUUUUAAGUCACUAGGAACACUCUAAAGUCACGGCAUUCGUUUCAUUUCUGGAUGAACACAAAGAUAAAUUGUAAUCACUUGGAACCACAACCAUAUUGAACUUUUUUUAUACCUUGUAGUUUACUAAAUUGCUUCAUCCAUGGAAAUAAUGUUGGCUUGUUAAACACUGGAAGUCGCUUCAGAUGCCUUGAAAUCGCAGGGAUGUUGAUGAGGCCAAAUUCAGCUGAUUUUCCACGCGCACCGUUUGAUUUGACAUUACAAAAUGGAAAUAUCUGCUUUUGAUCAAAGCAAAGCUGCUGGUUAUGAUUCCUUCAGAUAUUACAGUAGUGAAAUACACACAGCUAAUCAGAUCAUCACUCGGGACUUAAACGGUUAUUUUAGAUUUAACUGAAGAUGACCUAGGUUUCUAUGAACAAACACUGCUGAAAUCCUUAAUUAAUCAAUAAAAAAUAUCAAAUUGGCUUUUUGAAACAUUUUGAGGAAGAAAAAGAAUACACUUAUCUUGUUUUACACACGUUUAGGAUUUUUUUCUCUCUACUGGAAUACAUGACAAACAAAUAUUGAUUAAUAAAAAAUGCAGUGAAGAAACCGAGAAAUCUGAUUCUACGUGUCCAUACGUGAUUUGAUCGUAUGCAGAAGCUGAAAUUGUUAAUUUCUCAAUCGAGACCUCUAAAAUACAUCACGUCGUAAACGAAGCAAAUACAAGUUUCCAGACACACUGCAGGUUUAACCUGUAUUUUACAUUUGUAUGUGUUUUAAUGCUGGAUGAUCUGCAGAUCUAAUAGUUGUAUAAAUACAGGGAGAUUUGAGUUUCCUGCUGUGUUGAUCUUGAUGAGAUCCACUUUCUAAUGCCCGUGUAUGAAUUCCUCUAGUAUGAACUA